AUGGGCUUCCUCGCCUUGCCCACUGAAAUUCUCCAUGAAAUCCUGGAUCGCUUCCCCAGCGCGUGGCUAGAUGAGCCACGACCACUGCAUCAGCGAAAAACUCGUGACCCUGAUACAGACCGGCUAUACUGGCUUCUGAGCCUUCGUCUCGUUGGUAAACGCCUCGACUAUAUAAUCAUCAACAGAUUUAUCAGAGCCAUCAGACGCCACGACGGAGAACCGCCGUCCACAGAGUGUAAUGUAGAAGGCCCACCAACGCGGUCCUCGGUGGCGCUGGGGAAGCGUCUGCUCAUUACAAUUGUGCAAGAAGUCCGUUUGAAGAAGCCUUUUAAUAAACAGUGCAAUAGGACAAGCAUCCAUCGUUUCCCACAUUCGACAUGUCGUUGGUGGCACUCAGUCACUACCACGAAAGGCAGUGGAAUUGCAAAUUUGAGACCUCAUCUAGGUAGCUAUAAACCAGACAGAUGA